AUGUACCAGCCAUACGCCGUGAACGUGCCGCCACCAGAGCGGCCCAAGAUCCUCUGCCUCCACGGCGGAGGCUCAUCCGGCACCAUCUUCCAGAUCCAGCUCAUCAGGCUCUCGCGAGUUCUCGAGCCGCGGUUCGAGUUCGUCUUCCUCGACGGGCCCAUCGAGACGGAGCCCGGGCCGGGCGUGCUCCCCGUGUUCGAAGGGUGCGGGCCGUACCGGCGGUGGGUCAGCGACGAUCCGUCGUUGCCGGCGGAGGAGUUGCAGCGGCAGAAGGAAACGGCAAUGGAGCUGCUCAAGAUGUACGUGCAGCAGACGGGGCCGUACGUCGGGGUCAUGGGGUUCUCACAAGGGGCGCGGGCGGCAGCGAGCCUGCUGCUUGAGCAGCAGCGGCAGCCGUUCGUGCCGUACAACCUCUUUGGUGUUUUCCUGUGCGGCACGUACCCACCGUUCGUGCCGGACAACGACAAGAUCCUGGCACCGACGGCGCACGUGGUGGGGCUGUUUGAUCCGUGGAAGCCGGCGAGCGAGGAGCUGAUUGAGCUGUGUUCGGAGCGGAGCACACGCAAUGUCGUGAGGUACCCGGGGGGCCAUCAUCUGCCGAACGCGCCGGAUACGAUUCAGAACAUUGCGGCCAUGGUGAUUGAUCUGUGGAAGGAGACGACGGGCGCGAGGACCUGA